AUACGAAGCCAGGCCUUCUAUCUCAUAGACCCACCAGAGCCAGCCACAACCUGAAACUUUCACCCCCGAGAUUUCUACUUUCCUUCUAAAAGAUCUAUAGCUCUAAAUCAUGUACAUGGGAUAAAACUUAAUUUCCGAGAUUUCUACGCUCUCGUUGUUAUUUUUAAAACAAGAAUUCAUCAAAAAAAUGAAAAAAUAUUGUGAAAAGACGGAAGAGACUUGCCCGAUGUUUACGCCGCCAUCUUGUUUCUUAUUGUACUUCCCCAACGUUACGCGACGCUCGCUAGAAGCCGCCUGGCUAAUCCUAUAUGGAACUAGUAUAGAGAUGGACAUUCAUCGAUCAUUUCAUGGAUUCACUAACAUAAUCCUUUAGAAUGACGCUUCAGGGAAGUCAAACUGCCUUUAAAGUAGUCCUAGUCUUCUGUCUAUGCUGUGUGGUGGCUCUCGUGGUAGUACUCUCGAUAACUACCGACUCGACAGGAUUAAUGCCCUUUAAAUCUCCAGACUUUUCCAGAGGUUCUAUCCGCUCAAGAAUCAAUUCAAAUUACCCACCACAAACCGGAAGCGGCGAUCAAACUAAUACCGGAAGUUCAAAACCAUCAACGUCUAUUGUGAUGUCAUCUAAUUCGACAUUGGAUGUCACAGGUCAAGAUAAUUUAACGGAACAAACACAGACCAAAGGUGUAAAGAGAGAGAAAGGUAUUCCUAAUCCUUUAAAUCCAGAAACAUCUUUUCGACAACCCGCACACGCACAGGUGUUGACGACAUGCCCAAAUCAAGAUGGCCUCCCAAAUGAGAGGCUUACACCAAACAAAGAAGCAACGACCGUUCAAAGGGCCAACGAAUUCGUAUUCGGGAAGUUCUUACCAAAGACACAAGCCAUGACUGAUGUGGCCAAUCAAACUCUCGCGAGCAUCAUCACGAAGCGCAAGUCGAUCAGGGAAGCAGCGGACGAGAUUGACAAGACGCUCACGGAGCUGAACCUCGCUGUCGACUUCGAUGACUACCGGCUACUUCCUGGUGGUCAUUGGAUCCCACUGUCGUGUAACCCCCGUUGGAAGGUUGCCAUUGUCGUGCCGUUCAGAAAUCGCUUUCACCACCUCCCGAUAUUUCUCCGCCACAUUGUACCAUUGCUGAAGAGACAAAAACUUGAAUUCUCCAUCUUUAUAGCAGAGCAGAGAAAUGACGAACGUUUCAACCGAGCGAUGUUAAUGAACGUCGGCUUCGUCGAGGCCCUAAAUUUUACGAACUACGACUGCGUGGUGUUCCACGACAUCGAUCACCUUGCCAUCAACGUUAAAAAUUAUUUCGGCUGUGAGAACAUGCCCCGACAUUUUAUAUCCGGUGAAGCAAUAUGGGGAUGGAAGAUAAUAUACGAAAAUCUAUUUGGUGGAGUGACGGGGCUUACCAAACAACAGUUCUAUGACAUCAACGGUCUGCCCAAUGUCUACUGGGGGUGGGGCGGUGAAGACGAUGAAUUCGCAAACAGGGUAAAUGCCAAGGGUUUCAAACGAUCACGCCCAAAAGGGGAGAUCGGGUACUUCGAUUCCGUCGUUCACGAAAGAAAGGAGUCAAGCCCGUUUAACGAAGCAAGGUUCUGUCUUCUUAGUAACUACGGUCAAAGGCAAACCACUGACGGUGUAUCAAACUUGAGAUAUGAACAACCGACAAUAGAACUGCAUCCUCUUUAUACCAACAUCUCUGUCAACAUCCAAAAGUUACCUUGGAAUCCUCGUUGGAGAAGGUGUAAAGGACAGUAGCAUAUUAAACUAUUAUACUAUGAGUGUUGUACACCUUAAGGGUGUUAAUAUCAGUGCCUUGGGCUUUCAUGCAUGAUGAAUGAUGUAGAAGAAUACACUUUUGUACACUUUAAAAGCUAUGGUGUUAACCUCAGUGUCUUGGGCUUUCAUGAAUGGGGAAUGGAUGAGAAGAACAACACAUUCGUGCACUUCAAAAGUCAUGGUGUUAACAUCAGUGUCUUGCGCUUUCCUCUAUAGUGAGUGAAUGUAAAGGAUCUGUACACUUCAAAAGCCACGGUGUUUACCUCGGUGUCUUGUCUUUGGCUUUCCUGAAUAGUGAAUGACUGUACAGGGCUAUAACAGCUUUGUUCACUUCAAAAGUCAUAAUGUUAACAUCAGUUCCUUGGGCUUUCCUGCAAUAGUGAAUGGAUGUGGAGGACGAUAAUACCUGUGUACACUUGAUCAAAAGCUUUCGGGUUAACGUCAAGAUGACAUCUACACUUCAAAAGUCACGGUUAACACCGGCUAAAACCGGUGUCUAAUUAGCCAUUCAUUAAUGGUGAAUGGAUGUAUAAUGACGGACAAUAACAUCUUUACUAUUAAAGUGUGAUGUAUAGUUCAAUAACCGUACAGGGUGUUAGCAUCGAGUGUCAUGGUCUUUCAUGGAUAAUAAAUGACUCUCCGUUGACACUUGAUUAUUGGAAAGUGCUUGUAAUAUUGAUUUAUUCAUGGGACCAGCCAAUUAUGCUGCCCCAGCGACAUACAUUCCUGAUUAAAAGAGAAGUCCAAACUCAACAAAAAUUGAUUUGAAUAAAAAGGAAAAGUCAAACAAGCAUAACACUGGAGAUUUCAUCAAAAUUGGAUGUAAAAUAAGAAAGUUAUGGCAUUUUAAAUUUUCGCUUAAGUUCACAAAACAUUUAUAUUAAGCUACUGGUCGUAUUGAAAUGAGGAGACUGGUGGCAUCACUUUCUCACUAUGUAUGUCGUAUGUUAUUACAUGAAAUAUGUAAUAUUUCUGUUUCCUCAUUGUAAAGCGAAACAAAGUUCUAUUCCUUCGUGAACGUAUGGAAUUAUUAUCGUUUUGACAUUUUGUGGUUCAGUGAAAUUUCCCCUUACUGUCAAAUAUGUAAAAAAGUUAGGUAUUGUAAUAUUCAAAUUAAAAAGAAAGAAUAAAUAAAUAGUGAAGGACAUC